UAAUGCUAUCUGUAAAAAGUGGUCUGCUGUGCAGAUCAAAUGCUGCCUGGGUCUCAAAUAUAAAAUGUUGGUCCCAUCAGAAUGGAACAAGUGUAGCCAAAUGUCCCAUUCUACGGAGCCUAACAUCGAAAAAUAAUUUCUUUACUACCUCCUUUCCAAAAAGUCGAGUAUUUCAGGUUGGACCACCAAUCAGGCAGCAAUCUUCAUCUUCUGAAAAUGGAUUCAAAAGACUACCAGUUCCUCCAGCGUCACAGAAAAGCUUAUUUGCAAGGAUAAAACAAAACCUCUUUCGUUCCAAAAAGCGUGAUUGCUUUCACCCUGGUACAUCAACAUGGACUCCAAAUGUAGUGAAGAACAUGAAUCAGGCUCAAGAGGUCAAGGGUGUGGAGAUUGUGAAAGCUAUGAUUGGUUUUGUUUGGCCAAAGAACAGGAAGGGAAUAAGAGUCAGAGUAGUCAUUGCUAUUGGUUUACUCUUUGGCUCUAAGAUAUUGAAUGUGCAAGUUCCAUUCCUCUUCAAAUAUGUCGUGGACUACCUAAAUGAUCCCAAUAACAUCCUAAGCCUUGCAACACCGCAGAAUACCAUCAUCACCAUGGCUACUGCAUUACUCAUAGGAUAUGGAGUAGCCAGGGCGGGUGCUGCCCUCUGCAGCGAGCUGAGGAAUGCAGUGUGGGCAAAGGUGGCUCAAGAUUCUAUCCGGCGGGUUGCUAACAAGAUUUUCCUCCAUCUACAUAACCUUGACUACAGUUUUCACGUCACGCGGCAAACUGGUGCAUUAUCCAAGGCGAUAGAUCGAGGGACGAGGGGUAUCCAGGUUGCCCUCACUGCUCUUGUCUUUAAUGUGGUGCCUACAGUUUUCGAGGUGGCUUUGGUCAGCAGUAUUUUGUAUUACAAAUGCGGUGGUCAGUAUGCCCUGGUCGCUGUUGGUUGCAUUGCCAGCUAUGCUCUCUUCACACUUGGCAUUACACAGUGGAGGACCAAGUUUCGGGUGGCGAUGAAUAAAGCGGACCAAGAGGCUGGUAAUCAAGCUGUCGACUCAUUGCUAAACUAUGAAACAGUAAAAUAUUUCAAUAAUGAGAAGUUUGAAUUGGCUCGUUAUGACAAAGUUUUGAAACAUUACCAAGAUGCGUCAUUGAAGACGAGCACAACACUCGCAUUGCUCAACUGGGGACAGAAUGCCAUCUUCAGUGUUGGUAUAACAGCUAUCAUGGUGCUGGCCAGUAAAGGCAUCGUUGCUGGUACAAUGACUGUUGGAGACCUUGUGAUGUGUAACGGUCUCCUCUUCCAGCUCUCACUGCCCUUGAACUUUCUUGGAUCUGCCUACAGAGACUUCAGACAAUCGUUGACGGACAUGCAGCUGAUGUUUAACUUAUUGUAUAUCAAAGCCAAUAUCACAGACAAACCUGAUGCUCUUCCUUUAGAAACAACUCGUGACCAUUCAGAAAUCAGAUUCGAAAAUGUGAAGUUUGCCUACGAUGAUGACCACAAGAUCUUCGACAAUCUGUCGUUUACUAUUCCAAGCGGAAAGAAAAUUGCAUUUGUUGGAGGGAGUGGAUCUGGAAAGUCUACCAUCGUACGGCUGCUUUUCCGGUUUUAUGACCCUCUACAAGGACGUGUUCUAAUCAAUGGACAAGACAUACGAGAUGUGAAGUUAGAGUCACUUAGAAAAACUAUCGGUGUUGUGCCCCAGGAUCAAGCUAUGUUCCAUAACACGGUCUACUACAAUAUAGCAUACGGAAAUGUCAACAAAUUGGAAGAAGAUAUCCACGAAGCUGCGAAACUGGCUGAUAUUCAUAAUGCCAUCUUGAAGAUGCCUCAGGGCUAUGAUACACAGGUUGGGGAGAAGGGUGCCAAACUUUCUGGUGGUGAGAAGCAGAGAAUUGCCAUUGCCCGUGCCAUAUUGAAGGACCCUUGCAUUCUAGUGUACGAUGAAGCAACCUCUUCGUUGGAUUCUAUCACAGAACAGAAUAUCCUCCAGUCCUUGAAAUCUGUCACCCAGAACCGAACCACAAUUGUGAUAGCCCAUCGAUUAUCAACCGUCGUCGAUGCUGAUGAGAUUUACGUUUUAGGUAAUGGACAAAUUGUAGAAAAAGGUACUCAUUAUCAGCUGCUAACAAAUCCUGCCAGCUUGUAUUCAGAACUCUGGGACAAACAGCAUAAUGUCGCAGUCGAGGAGGAGGAAGAUAAUGUUCUGGGCGACUCUGAAGAAAUCAAGGGGAAGUGAUGGCAGGGAAGAUACUGUGAAUUAUUGGACGCAGUCUGAAAAGUUCUUUGUUAUAUCCAGCCACAGACAACUUGAGUGGGGUUGUUUCCAAAUUGGUGAUACUGAAGCAAUAUUGUUUGAUUAUUAACAAAAACAUGAUUUGUCUCCAGUGGAGAGGGGUUUCCCUGUCGAAACCGUCGCCAAUCACAAGGAGACAUAGGCCUAAUCAAUGUGAUGUUGAUCACCAAUCAUGUUAAAAAUAAGGUUGAUUUUCACAGGUUUCAUGAAUGUGUUUUUGACAUAAUGAACACUUUUGGAUAUUAUUGUCAUGUAUUUUGUAAAUAAAAUGAUAUUUAACUUA